AUGGCCGACGUCUGGUGCUUCAACGUUGACGCCAAGUUCGAGCGCAAUGGCAUCGUGAGCAGCAAUACGCUCAAGCACGUCGAGCUCAUCGACGCCUCGCGCGACAAGGAGAACGCGCGCGCGGGGAUGAACCACAAGGUGGACGACCUCAACGCAUCCGCCAAGAGACAGUGGGUGCUCCGCUUCGGCGGCGACAAGGCGGCGAACGACAUGUCCGUCGGGCACAUCAAGGCCAUCUACGGCAAGCAGGUCAAGGAGGGUAAGCUCACCAUCGAGGACAAGGCCAACGUCAAGGUUCUCAUCCAGGCCCUGCCCGCCGAGUGCGCGAGACUCAUGAAGACCCUCACCACCCUCAAGGGCCAAGCCCCGGCGCAACAGAAGGUGUUCCUCGCGACGCUCGGGUGCUGCGUCAAGUGCGAGGCCAAGGUUGCGGAAAAGAAAGCCAAGCACGAGGAGAAGCAGCGCAAGCUCAUCACCGCGCAGCUGGAGCAGGCGGAGCACGAGCUCGCCAAGAAGCGAAAGCGCGAGCAGGCGGAGAAGGAGCGAGAAGCUGCUAAAGCCGCCAAGCUCUCGGCGCAGCUCGAACGCGUGGAGCGAAUGAAGGCGGAGAAGGAGGAGAUGGAGAGCGUCGUGGAGGCGAAGCGACUGAAGAUCGAGGAGGAGAAGCGGAACGCGUCGGCGCUCGUGGAGGAGCUGCGCGAGGAGAAGGACGCGCUGGCGGAGGCUCGCAGGGCGCUCAAAGAGGAGAAGAAGGCUCUCGACGCCGAACAAAAAGAGAUCGAGACGCUCAAGACUCGGAUCGAGUCCGAGCGUCGCAGGUGCGAGCGGGACCAGGAGAAGCUCAACGCGCAGCUCGACGCCGCGAAGGCUACCGCGGCGUCUCUGGAAACCGCCCGGAAGGCUGUCGAGAAGGAAUCCGCGUCCCUCGAGAAGGAGCGCGAACGGCGCGAGACGGAAGCCGUCAAGCUCGAGGAGCAGGUGAAGGCGACGGAGGCGAAACGCGCGGCUUGGAACGAGGCUCGAAAGUUCAAGGAGGAGGAGCAGGCGUGGAAGCAGGCGGCCGCCGAGCGCAGGCGCCAGGAGGCGGCGGCGAAGCGCGAGGAGGCGGUGAAGCGGAAAGCCGAGCGCGACGCGGCGACGGCGGCGAAGAUGGAGGAGAAGCGACGCAAGAUGGAGGAGUGGCGCGCCGAGUACGAGCGAUGGCAACGGCACGGAGAGGCGGGCACGUCGCCGCCGCCUCGGCCGGACCAGUCGUCGUCGCCGUCGGGCUUUUACGGCACCGGCGGCGGCGGCGGCGGCGGCGGCGCCGGCGGUUUCACCGGCGGCGCCUCCACCGCGCCGAGGACCAAGUCCCAGCCCCCGAAGCAAAAGAAGAAACCCAUCCUCGACGACGACGACGACGACGACGACGCGGACGAUAACCGGGCGAACGACGACGACGACCUCACAUCCAACGACAACACCAACACCAACACCAACACCAACACCAAGCAGCCCGAUUUCGACGCCGCCGCCGACCCCCCGCUGCAGGAGGAGGACGAGGACCCGACCGUCGCCGCUCGCCGCGCCGAUCUCGAGCGGAAGCGAACGGAGGAGCUUCAACGCCAAGCGAGGGAGCGAUCCGCGCGGGAAGAGGCGGACCGUAAGCUCAAGGAGCUCGAGGCGAGACGCGCCAAGACGAAGAAGGCGCAGAAGGAGAUGAUGGACGAGCUGCGGCGCAAGCAGGAGGAGGAGGUUGCGCACCGCGAGCAUCAGCAGAGGAAGACGGCGGCCGAGGCUAAGAUUCGCCAAAAAGCCGCAUCCAUCACGCUCGCGACCGCCACCGACGCCAUCUACGAAGCGCACGUCGCCGCGUACGACCGGCUUCGUUCGAUGGAUUCCAUCACCGAGGCUGCCAUCCCGUGGCCGAUACCGUCCAACGUGUUGCUCCUCACCCCGCGGGACGACGCGGCUGCGCGGAAGAAGAAGAUUGUCCGAGCGAUAUCCAGGUGGCAUCCGGACAAGUUCAACGCGGCGUUCGGCGCCAAGCUCGUCGACACGGAGCGCGACGCGAUCAUGGCGCGGGUUCGAUCCGUGUCCGACGCGGUGAUCGAGCUCAGGCAGGUGUUCAACUAG